UCAUAACCAGAAUUGACCAAAAUCAGAUCAAUCAAAAGAGAUCAAGAUUUUUUUACCCUGAUUGAUCAACCAAAUGGAGUGAACACCUGUCUUUCAAAAUGCUUAUUCAAUCUCUUUGAAAUUUGUAGAGAUCACUCAAGUCAGAUCUGAUCGAUCUAAUAAUUUGUAAAACGCCUUAAAUUGUAAAUAUAACGUUAAAUUGUCCGGAAAUUUUUAAGUAUGAAUUCAAGCACAGUGUCAAAGCCUCCAGUUGUACCAUCUGUGCAGGAAUUCAGUAUUAGAGUACCAAAAAACAGCAAAAAGAAGCAUAAUGUCAUGAGAUUCAAUGCGACUCUGAAUGUAGAUUUCUCAAAAUGGACACAAGUGAAAAUGGAACGGGAGAACAACAUGAAGGAAUACAAGGGUAUAGAAGAGGACAUGCCGAAAUUCGGUGCUGGAUCCGAAUUCGGACGUGACGCUAGAGAGGAAGCUAGAAGAAAAAAGUAUGGUAUUACCAGUAGAAAAUAUAAACCGGAAGAUCAACCAUGGAUUUUGAAAUCAGGAGGAAAGACUGGCAAAAAAUUCAAAGGUAUACGAGAGGGAGGAGUCAGCGAAAAUGCAGCAUAUUAUGUUUUUACCCAUGCUGCUGAUGGCGCAAUAGAGGCAUUUCCUUUACAUGAAUGGUAUAACUUUCAGCCAAUUCAGAGAUACAAGGCUCUCAGUGCUGAAGAGGCAGAGCAGGAAUUCAGUCGUAGAAAUAAAGUAAUGAAUUAUUUCUCUCUAAUGUUACGCAAGAGAUUGAGAAAUGAUGAAGAUGGUGGAGAUGAUGAAGAAUUAGUGGAAGGUGGUAAAGUUAAGAGGCCAAGUAAGAAAGAAAAGGAAUUAAAAAUAUCAGAACUGGAUGAGUGGAUGGAAAGCGAUGAUGAUGAUUCAGGUAGCAAUGAAGAUGAGGACAAAAAAGGAUCAGAAGAUGAAAAUGAUGCAAAGAAGACGAAGAAGGGCAAAGCGCAAGUGCAAAAGAAAAAGAAGAAGAAGAAGAAUGCCUCGGAUAAUGAAGCGUUCGAGGAAAGCGAUGACGGUGAUGAAGAGGGAAGGGAAUGCGAUUAUAUUUCUGAUUCUUCUGAUUCUGAAUCAGAUUUAGAAAAACAGAAGGAAAUUAAGUCCGUCGCAGAGGAGGACGCAUUGAGAAAAUUACUUGCGUCUGACGAAGACGAAGAUGAUGAAGAGCAAGCAGAUAAGAAGGAAGGCGAAGAAGACAAAGACGAGGAUGAAGAAGGAAAAGAGAAGGAUGAUAAAGAUAAAGACAAACUCGGUAAAGAAACGGAUAAGAAGAGAGACAAAAAGAAGAAGAAAAAAACCAAGAAGAAAGAUCAAAAGAUAACUGCUUCUGGGAAGGAUUCCUCUAGCGAUUUUUCUAGUGAUUCGGAAUCAAACUCUGAUACAACGCUAAAAGAUAAUAAGAAGCCUAAUAGCGCACAUAGUUCGAGAUCAGCGACACCAACGCCUGCGGCAUCCGGAAUCUCCGAGUCUUUUAAGAGAAAACAAUCUGGAUCUCCGGACUUGUCGCAAGCGAAAAAAUUGAAGUUGGACAAUUUCAAUCUAGUCCCAGUAACAUCGUAUAUACCGGGAGCAAAUGAAUCGGGAAUUACGGAAGAUGCCGUGAGACGAUAUUUAAUGCGCAAACCAAUGACCACGACUGAGUUGCUGCAGAAAUUCAAAUCCAAAAAAACCGGUCUUACAUCUGAGCAGCUUGUUAAUAUUAUGACUCAGAUACUGAAGAAGAUAAAUCCCACCAAACAGACCAUCAAGAAUAAGAUGUAUUUAUCAAUCAAAGCGCAAUCUAAUUAAUUCUAAUUCUCCAAUUAGUCGUUUUUAAUUAUUCGAUGCGUCGGUGAUUACGCAUUGUAUAGCAUCAUUCAACUACUACUUAAUAAAAACGAUACUUUCUUAAUGAUGGAAAAAUAUCUCUGUAUUAAAAAUUUUGUAGAAACUGUA